CCCGGGCUGAGUGGGUGAACUUUGUCACAAAUCUUUCUCACUGACUUGCAUAACAGCAUCCAGAGCUGCCUCUCCGUGACAGAUGUGUCCUGCUGCCUAGUGCGCUCUGCAAAAUGUACAUCUGCUUCACCGUUUUUGCCGGACUGGCUAUUCUGUGCUUCUUUUUUCUCAGGACACGUUUCCCUUACUUGGGCGAUGACUGCGCGUACAUCCUGAGGAGCAUAAAACUUGGCUUCAGGCUCAUCAAGUACAAGCAGGUCAAACCUUUUUACAGCGUGUUGGACUGCUUCUUGGAUGCAGCGAAGAGACAUCCCAGUAAGAUCUUUCUGCACUUUGAAGGACGAGAAUAUACUUAUGGAGAAGUAGAUAAAGUGAGCAACAAAGUAGCCAGAGCUCUGCAGGCUGAAGCCCGGCUGAAGGAGGGGGACGUGGUCGCCUUGUUCCUGGCCAACGAGCCCAGUUUCGUGUGGACUUGGAUCGGUUUGGCCAAGCUGGGCUGCCCGGCUGCUCUGCUCAACUUUAACAUCAGAUCCAAGUCUCUGUUGCACUGUUUCUCUUGCUGCGGGGCCAAAGUGAUCAUUGCCUCUUCAGAGCUGCAGGAUGCUGUGGAGGAGGUUUUACCCACACUGAGAGAGCAAGGCAUCAGUGUGUAUCUACUGUCAGAGGCCUGCAGCGUUCAGGGCAUCAACACUUUGUCCGACAAGAUCUCCCAGGCCUCGGAUCAGCCGCUGUCCCGGGACCUCAGAGCCAACGUCAACAUCAGGAGCACUGCUCUGUACAUCUACACGUCGGGCACCACAGGUUUGCCUAAAGCCGCCGUUGUCACCCAGGAGAGGGUCUGGGCAGCCUCCUUCAUCCAAGCGGCAUGUGGAAUCACAUCAGAGGACAUCUUCUACGUCAACCUGCCUCUCUAUCACAGUGCAGGCUUUCUCAUCGGGAUGGUCGGAUCCAUCGAGAGAGGUAACACCAUCGUUUUGAAGAGAAAGUUCUCUGCCUCUCAGUUCUGGAGCGACUGCAGGAAGUACAAUGUGACCGUGAUGCAGUACAUCGGGGAAACAAUGCGCUACCUCUGCAACACGCCCAAGAAAGACAAUGAGAAGAACCACAAAGUAAAGAUUGCCAUCGGGAAUGGAGUCCGGACAGACAUUUGGUCGGAGUUUCUGAAUCGCUUCGGGGACAUUAAAGUUAGAGAGUUGUACGCGGCCACAGAGGGAAACAUCGGCUUUAUCAAUUACACGUCCAAGAUCGGUGCAGUGGGGCGAGUCAAUUUUGUUCACAGGUUUUUCUUCCCAUUUACUUUGAUCAAGUUUGACAUUGAGAAGGAGGAGCCGGUCAGGAACUCUGAGGGUUUGUGCAUGGAGGCAGCCAGAGGUGAGACGGGACUUUUGGUGGGAAAGGUUACUCAGAGGUCUCCCUUUGUUGGGUACGCUGGCAACCAGCAACAGACCGAGAAGAAGAGGCUUCGCGACGUGUUGAAAAAAGGCGACCUCUACUUCAACACCGGAGAUUUGCUUCUUUUUGAUCACAUGAACUUUGUGUACUUUCAGGAUCGAGUUGGUGACACUUUCAGAUGGAAAGGAGAAAACGUCGCCACAUCGGAGGUGGCAGACAUUCUCACAAUGGCUCCUUGCAUUUUGGAGGCAAAUGUCUACGGUGUUAAAGUUGAAGGUCAUGAGGGGCGGGUCGGCAUGGCAGCUGUCCUUUUGAAAGAAGGAGCAGAUUUCGACUGUUUGCAGACCUACAAGCAGGUCGUCAACUACCUCCCAGCGUACGCAAGACCUCGAUUCAUCAGGAUUCAGCCCUGCCUGGAGAUGACAGGAACAUUCAAGAUGAAGAAAGUGAAGUUGGUGGAGGAGGGAUUCAACCCAGCUCACAUGGAAGAUCCUUUAUACUUUUUAGAUACUGAGAAAAAGACGUACGUUCCUCUGACUGAGGACAUCUACAGAGGGAUCACUUGCAGGGAAAUAAAACUCUAACACAGAAACGUUAGUACUCAGAAAUGCAGACGACCUGUUUGUUUACACAGAUGUAACAUCUCAUUCACAGACCUUUUGUAAUACUUAAUCUCAGGGACAGACUGACUUUGAAACGUAACCUGUUUUAAGAUCCUUUUUUUAAUUAACACAACUACCUUUGCUUUUACAGUUUUUGUAAAUGUAUUCCAUAAUGACAAUAUGAUCUACAGCCAUGUGUUACUGCCACUGUUGUACUUUUAAUAAUUAAACUCUGGUUGUCUUUUUUUCCCCGACUUAAUUUAUGACUCUUCAGAUAAAUUGUAGCAUUUCAAAUUUUUAGGGAACAAUAAAAAAAGAUUGUAUUAGACUGAAACUACUUAUUCAAGCUAGAUAUUACACAGAUGUACAUGCAGACUUAUGUGUGUUACAUAUUGGUACAAUCUGUGAUGGAUUUAUCUUUGAACUUUUGCACUUAUGUUCAACCUGUGCGUUUCUUUAUCAGCUUGUGUGCACUAACAUUACAUACUGUUCUGACUAGAGCUGUAUUGUGUAAAGUAAGUGACGGAGCGUUUGGGUCUUUAGGUUAUUCUGCUCCUAAAUUCUCUCUAAAUCUUGGCGCCUCCGUAAUGUACUCCUGCAUCUGCGUUUAUAGACAGGGCAACCUUCUGAAUCUGAUGGGUUGGUUCACUCAUACAACCUUUGACACACAUUAAUACUUAGACUUUGUCACAAGCUUAGUCACAUGGCAAAAAUGUUGAAAUCAGCGGGUUUCAGAAAACUGAAAGUAAAGACACUCAGACAACAACAUGGACUUGUCUCAUUGUUACUAAAUUUUACUCCAAUUGGUCCAGUACACUCGUGUGAUGUGGAAACUUGUACAAAUA